AUGUUGUGGGGGUCAAUAGAUCAUUCAUUCCAUUCUAUCAUGUUUCUUCCAUUCAUUCCAUCCAUCCUCCUACACUCUUACAUCUCACCUCACCCAUCUAUCCAUCCCACUCACUCUUCCAUCUCACUCCACCCAUCUAUCCAUCCCACACACUCUUCCAUCUCACUCCACCCAUCUAUCCAUCCCACACACUCUUCCAUCUCACCCCACCCAUCUAUCCAUCCCACUCACUCUUACAUCUCACUCCACCCAUCUAUCCAUCCCACACACUCUUCCAUCUCACUCCACCCAUCUAUCCAUCCCACACACUCUUCCAUCUCACCCCUACCAUCUAUCCAUCCCACCUCCUCUUCCAUCUCACCCCACCCAUCUAUCCAUCCCACACACUCUUCCAUCUCACCCCACCCAUCUAUCCAUCACACUCACUCUUCCAUCUCACCCCACCCAUCUAUCCAUCACACUCACUCUUCCAUCUCACCCAACCCAUCUAUCCAUCCCACUUACCCAUCCAUCUCAUACCACAUAUAA